GUUCAGUGUUUAAACGGGAACACGAUCAGCACUUAUUCUAACCAUAAGUAUAUGAUGAGGACAAAAUGUCUUUAUUAAUGCUGCUUCUUUUUUGUGCUGUUUCAUCUGCAGUGAAACACUCACUGACAUGUAUGGUCAUUGGAUCUUCUGGACUCCCAAACAUCUCAGAAUUUGUGCGUGUAACGGUGGUUGAUGGCAUUAACGUGGAUUACUGUGACAGCAGCAACAAGAGAAUAGAACCAAGACAGGACUGGAUGAAAAACAUGAUCGAUGAUAACCCUGUCAUCUUGAAGUGGCACACUCAGCAGUGUUUUGAGACUGUGCCAAACUUCUUCAGAGCCUGGAUCAGAAGUUUGAAGCAGCAGUUCAACCAAAAUGGAGGUGUCCACAUUUUACAGAUGAUAGAAGGCUGCGAGUGGGAUGAAAACACCGGAGAGGUGACCGGCUUUUUACGGUUUGGUUAUAACAGAGAGGACUUUCUUGAAUUUGAUCUGAAGACACUGACGUGGAUCGCACUGAAACCAGAGGCUGACAUCAUCAAACAAAGAUGGGACGCUGAGAGGAGCAGAAAUAAUCGCAAUCAUUACUUCCUCACUACGAUUUAUCCAGACUGGCUGAAUAUGUCUUUAUACUAUGGGAAAAGCUCCCUGCAGAGAACAGCUCUUCCCUCAGUGUCUCUCCUCCAGAAGUCUCCCUCCUCUCCAAUCAGCUGCCACGCUACAGGUUUCUAUCCUCACAGAGCCGUGAUGUUCUGGAGGAAAGAUGGAGAGGAGAUCCAUGAAGACAUGGAUCCAGGAGAGAUCCUCCCCAACCAUGAUGGGACCUUCCAGAUCAGUGCUGAUCUGAAUGUUUCAUCAGUCACACCUGAAGACUGGAGCAGGUACGAGUGUGUGUUUCAGCUCUCUGAGGACGCCAUCAUCACCAAACUGAAUGAAACAGUGAUCAGGACCAACCAGAGAGUUCUUCCCUCAGUGUCUCUCCUCCAGAAGUCUCCCUCCUCUCCAAUCAGCUGCCACGCUGCAGGUUUCUACCCUCACAGAGCCGUGAUGUUCUGGAGGAAAGAUGGAGAGGAGAUCCAUGAAGGUGUGGAUCCAGGAGAGAUCCUCCCCAACCAUGAUGGGACCUUCCAGAUGAGUGUCGAUCUGAAACUCUCAUCAGUCACACCUGCAGACUGGAGCAGGUACGAGUGUGUGUUUGAGCUCUCUGAGGACGCCAUCAUCACCAAACUGAAUGAAACAGUGAUCAGGACCAACCGGAGAGAAAAAUCCUUGAAUGCGUUCAUCCCCAUCAUUGCUGUUCUUCUUGUCCUCAUCCUCUUUGCUGCUGAUGGAUUUAAUGUUUACAAAAAGAAAGGAAAACACUUUGCACCUUCUUCUGGCAACACCUCUGAGACUGACUCUGAGAGACUGACUGGAGACGCCACAUAAACAAGACUACACACACCUCAGUUU